GGAUUCUGCCUGUCGCCAAACAUGCGUACAUCGGCGCCUUGUUUCUUAACUCAAAGGGCGCAUGCCAGACCUGGUUGACCCACCUGGCAGCCACGGCGUCGACGUCGCAGAUCUCAGAGAAAAGAUCACAUGGGAAGAGUUGACACGGCUGUGGAAGAAGCGGUUCAUCGUCGAUGACGCACCAGCACUCGCCAUCAACCGUCUCUUCACCAUGUCUCAGGGCAACAUGGCAACACGUGACUGGCUCACGGAAUGGCAGAAGAUUGCGGCGGUACCCGAUCUGGACUUGCCGUUCACGUAUCUACGACCUAAGUUCUACAACAGGUCAUGUGCUGCACUGAGCCAGGCUCUUGGUGAUCGCGAGCAGUACACCACCUUCGCUGAGAUCAUUGACAAAGCGAGGGAGAUCAUCAAGACCAACAGGGCAGCUGCACACGAGAAGUCAACAUGGCAGUCGACCUAUGUGGAGAAGGUAAAGACUGGUCCUCGACAGCAGCACUUUGCUGCAGUCCAAUUGGACAGUGGAGAAGACCCAGCAGCCACUCCAGCAUCACGUGACGGAGAUCAGGUGGCUGCUGUCCAGCCGCGAAGCAACAACAAGUCCCGGAAUAAUGGGAAGGCGAAACCAGCAUCGCAGGCCGGAAAUGGACAGCCAAAACCAUGGGUCAAGUUCAACUUGACCGAGGCCGAGUACAAGUACCGCGGCCGCUACGGUUGCUGCUACUGGUGCAACAGCACCAAGCACAAGACCUCCCUCUGCCAGGAUCAGGGCAAGGAGGAUGUGCGGCCUCUACCAGCUCCGUUGAUGGACGUCGGAGUAGAGGUUGUCGACCUUCACGCUUUCAUCGCGAAGAUCGACCGCGAGUUCAAGACGCAACGCUAUGACCCCACCCUGCCGACGAGAGUGACUACUGACGCUUCCGGCUACGGCAUUGGGGCAGUCUUGGAACAGCAAGACGGCGACGAUUGGCACCCUGUGGAGUAUUUCAGCCACAAAGUGCCUCCCAUCAAUUCGAUUGAUGAUGCAAGAAAGAAGGAGCUGCUCGCGUUCGUGAUGGCUCUCAAGCGAUGGCGGCACUUCCUCCUUAGGCGUCGUAGGUUCACAUGGGUUACAGACAACAACCCUUUGACUUGCUACAAGACGCAGGAUACGGUGAGCAGCACGAUCGGACAAUGGAUGUACUUCAUCGACCAAUUCGACUUCACACCGAAACAUCUCGCCGGCCUCUCCAAUCGCGCAGUAGAUGCACUCUCGCGUAGACCGGAUUUUUGCGCUAUGACACAUCAUGCCUUCGCAUUCGACGAGGAGCUCCAGCGACACUUCAUCAGGGCUUAUGAGUCCGAUCCAGAUUUUGCCACGCUAUAUGCACAGCUUUCUUCGGAUCACCCGCCGGCCAUCCAUUAUCGCAUCGUCGACGGGUAUUUGCUCCUCCACUCGCGGGGCAAGGACUUACUAUGUGUCCCACGCGACCGUCGUCUUCGGACUCGCCUUCUCGGCGAGUACCAUGAUUCGCGACUCGCUGGCCAUUUCGGACUCAACCGCACGAUUGCACGACUUCGACAGCGAUUCCGGUGGCCUGACCUCAUUUCUGAUGUCACGAGGUAUUGCGAGUCUUGCGAAGUUUGCCGACGAAGCAAACCCCGCAACCGCAACCCCUACGGCGAGCUGCGCCCGAUGCCGAUCCCGCAGGAACCCGGUCUCUCCAUUGCCAUGGACGUCACUGGACCAUUCCCCCGCGACCGCCUCGGACACGACGGCAUCCUCACGGUCGUGGACCGCUUGAGUAAGCACGCGCUUUUUCUCCCUUGCAAGUACUACUCCACGGCUCCUGAGCUGGCACGCCUCUUGCACACCGGCUGGAUCUGCGGCCACAGUGUACCGGAAGACAUAGUCAGCGACCUCGACACUCGCUUCAUGUCAGCAUUUUGGACUGCUCUCAUGCAGGAGUCCGACACGAAGAUGAAACCAAGUUCGGCUCGGCAUCCACAGACGGACGGGCAAACGGAGCGGGCACAUCAAACCGCUCAGAUGAUGCUUCGUACACUCAUCCGUCCGGAUCAGAAAGAUUGGGUUGACCGCCUCCCCGACAUCGAGUUCGCCUACAACACUUAGGUACACCCGGCGAUCGGCGUGACUCCAUUCGAGUUGCACCACGGUGGACGAAAAGGCCACAUCU